UGUAUCUUUAUUUUUUUAAAGCACACAACCCGCAGCUGAUUUAAGACAUACAGCAUUCAUGCAGUAAUGUUAUAAUGAAUAAAUCAGCAAGAAGAUAUUGUGACACAUUAUACAAUUUUAAAUAUGAUGCACAUGAAUCCAGUUGUAUGGGUUCAUGUACAUCAUAUUUAAAAUGACCAGGUAAUCUGACGUAAUGUUGUACCACAGUGACAGUGUUUUUCCACUCCAACAAUAUUACAGUAAACUGCCGUGCUUUUCAGCUUGAACAUGCUGAAAUAUGUUGAAUGUUGACUAUGACCAUCUUUGAUCAAAACAUGUUGAUGCGAUUCUCGAAGGACGAAACCUAUGGAAUGCUGUUUCAGUCAAUAUUAAUGAAUGAAUGAAAUAAAUAAAUAUGGCUAUGAAAUAAAUACUGAAAUAAAUUAAUGAGGCAAAUGAGUCGGGCCAUGAAUUUUGAGCAGGAAGGAGGAAGAUGGAAAAAAGAAGAGGAGGAAGACAAAUGAGAAACAUCGGAGGGUCCGUCAGCAGAAAUGUCCGGACGGAAAUGAUCACGUCACUAAUGGCACGUGAUCUUAACUGGAUGUCUAUGAUGUGUGAUGGAGGCGGUGCCUCCAUCCUGCUGACCCUCCUGUCCCGAGUGUCUGUGUGGGCAGAGGUGAAGAUCAUGUUUGUCAGACGCACUGUCUGCUGGAACAGCUCCAACCCCGAAUGACUCUUAGUACGAGCUGUCGCCAAAUCGGAGCGCUGCCGGUAUGAAUAGUUUUGAUGCGGAAUAUUCGCAGGCGAGUACUUCGCAUUUUACUUCUUAUUCGUCACGUCCCCGGUGCGUAAAGGCUUUUAGACUUAUGUAACCACCAGGGUGAAAAUUCAGUUAUCAUGACAGAAUUCUGAGAAUUUGUGUACUUCAUCUAGACAACAUAGAGAUGUCUGUAAUUUCUUUGUACAAAGAUAGAUGGCUCCAUGCGUGACAAACUGAAGUUUAAAGAUGCUCUACUUCCAUUAACAAUGCACAAUAUCAAUAGCACUCAAAAUACUGUCAAAAAGUCUGUUUACUUUAGCAACAAGUAAAGCUCUGUCCAUCAGGAAACUGCGUAAAUCCCCAAGAGUUGAGGCAGCGCAGGAAGCUCGGGGGGCCAGGAGCCAAACCCGGCAAGAAAACCACCUUGAGAGAGGUGGAGAUCCUCAUGUUCCUCAGUGCCAUCGUCAUGAUGAAGAACAGACGAGCGAUAACGGUGGAGCAGCAUGUGGGCAACAUCAUCCUGUUCAGCAAAGUGGCCAACGUUAUCCUGUUCUUCAGACUGGACAUCAGGAUGGGACUGCUCUACCUGACGCUCUGCAUAGUGUUUUUGAUGACCUGUAAGCCUCCUCUUUACAUGGGACCAGAGUACAUCAAAUACUUCAGCGACAAAACCAUUGAAGAAGAGCUGGACAGAGACAGUUGUGUGACGUGGAUCGUUGAAUUCUUCGCCAACUGGUCUCCAGAGUGCCAGUCCUUCGCUUCCGUUUAUGCUGAUCUCUCUCUCAAGUAUAACUGUGCUGGCCUCAAGUUUGGCAAAGUGGACAUUGGACGUUAUGGAGAGGUUUCCAAGAAGUACAAGGUGUCUGCGUCUCCGCUGUCCAAACAGCUUCCCUCCUUGGUGUUGUUUCAGGGAGGGAAGGAGCUGAUGCGGCGCCCCCAGGUGGACAAGAAGGGUAGAGCCGUAUCCUGGAGCUUCACCGAGGAGAACAUCAUCCGAGAGUUCAACCUGAACGAACUCUACCAGAAAUCCAAGAAGCUCAACAAGACCAAAGGAGACAAGAUCAACCAAUCCCAGUUCCCACCGGUCCCCGAGGAGGAGGAGCCAGAGCAGCAAGGAGCCGACGCCCAGGGGGCGCAGUCUGAAUCCAAGAAGGACAAAUAAGACGGUUUGGAUCACUCAGCUUGGACUUCUGGCUGGAACUUGUGGCUCUUCUUCCCUCUUCUUCUUUAUUUUUUUUUUUUUUUGUGCAAUAAAGUGGUAACAAUACAAGUGUAAAACAAUACAAAACAUGAUGUUGAAAGACAGAAGAGAUAACAGAGUCACGAAAUAAUUGGAUAUAAUCAAAACAAAACAGAAAGAGAUAACACGCCAACAACCGACCAGAGAGACGUUCCAGAGAGAGAGGUUAAUGUGCCUAAAUAUGCUGGUGUGAGCGUGCUGGGGCGCAUGUCUGUGUAGUAGUGUGGAACGGGUCUCACGGGGGGGGGCAAGAAAGACCAACAGAGAGAAAGUCCCGGCGUCCAUGUUGGUGUGUGUGUGUGUGUGUGUGUGUGUGUGUGUGUGUUCUUUCAGAGCACGUCUGAGCACUAAACACCCUUUACACCCUUUACACCCAGUACUUCAACACUGGUGCAGCUCCACUGACCUCAGUCUGUUUCCCUUUAUUAAAGAACAAAGAGAACGAGUGUAGUGGAGGAGCUAACGGGGAUACAGUAAGCCAGCUUUGAAAGGGGGUUGGAAUGGUAAAACCUGGUCCAGCAUAUCAGUGUAAGGCCUGUGCAGACGGUUAAAGCUGUGAAGUGUGAGUGAAUGUGAUGCUGCUUUGUUGUUUGAUUUAGAUUUUUUUAUGCAACAAAUAGAAUUCAGAGUAGACUUUUUAAAAUCAUUCUAUGAUUAACUGUAUAUUCAUGUAAACUAACUUAUUUCGCAGUGGUACACAGCAGGUGGCUGCUUUGACAUAGAAUUAAUCUGCAGUGUUAAACAGCACAUUCAGGUUGCUGGUGGUUGUGGUUGGAAGCAAGAGAUACAAUGUGGGAGCACUUGUUGAACAUCAACACAUCUGCACGAGUCGGGUGGUGUUACUCAAGUUUACUGCUAGUUGGACAGCGUCCCUGUCCGUCCCUUUGGACUUGAAUUUGUACUGCUGUGGACAGACCAAGCUCAACUCGACUGUCAUUCAGGCUUUUCUGGCCCAACGUUCCCUCCGUUUCCUUUUCUCUUCAGAUUCCCACUCUCCUUUGGCUGUGGUUGCUAUUUUUUGUUCAGUGUAUUUGCCUCUCAAACAGAGAUGAAGCUGAGCGUCCUCAUCUCUCAUUUAACUUGUCGUGUUGCCUACAUUCAUGCCAUGCAUUUAUUUUUUUGACUACCUAAAUUAUUACGUUACCAACAAGGUAACCAGUAUUUAGCUCGAGCUUCAGCUUCCACUGGCAUGCUAUAUAUGCUAUCUUUUCCAGUUUCUCUACCUUUCCUGGCCAGGCACUCUGUUUGGAGCUCCCGAAAUGACCAGGACCCCAGCAAACAGACAGUAGUCAAAUUGUUCUAUGAAUUUCAAGAUUCUCCUCCUCCUUCUCUUUUCCAGAACAUGGAGGAAUCUCCAUAUUGAUUCUUGAAGCGCGGCAGACACCGAGCAUUUAUUAAUCCUGUACAUUGUGUUAACUCGCGCGUUUUAAUCGGCCUGUCUGCACAACCAGAACUUGCGACUUUUAUGCUCACGCUGUGCGGAUUUCACAGUUUCCGAUAUGAAUAUUCUAACAUUAGUAUUCAUUCAUUCUACUGAAUGAUGAUAUGUAAUUUUGUAGCCACGCUAGCGGUGCAGCUCUAGGGAUGGCAAAGUGGUUGGGUAAAUCUGUCCAGACUGAAAUAUCUGUGCAACUAUUAGAUGGAUUGCCAUGAAAUUAUGUGCGGCCGUUCAUUGGGUACAUCCCAAGUCUCUUAUUCGAUAUUUCCUCGCUUGAACCAGAAGUCACAACAUCACUGGAGUUUCAUACCAAGUGUAUCACUCCCAGAUGUUAUAUUUGAUGUAUUUUCUGAUUAAUUGUAAGUCUGAACAGCAAAAGGACCACAAACAACUUUCUUCAUUUAUUAGAAAGAUUUUUCUUUUCAUGAUGUGUUAUUUCCGCCGGUUGAGGAACUGGGUGAUUUUGACAGCCUGAACACAUUUGAAUUUGAUGGAAGGACAGCGCGGAGUGCUGUCUGCCGACGGUCCAGUCUAAUGGUUUAACUGUGAUGUUGGUACAUGUGAUUGUCAUUGACUGGAUCUUUAAGACUUUGUGUACAUGGAUCCAGGCAGCUUCACACUGGCUUUGCAUUGCCACUCAGAUUUUGAAAUGAUGUCAUGUCGAACAGUUGUCCUGCGUCUUCAUUGGCUGAAUACAAACCGGUGAUUAGCAUGGUGAUAAACAAUGAAGUCUGGUCCUAAUGAGAUUUUCUGAAACAUUCACACAUCCACUUUUGAUUUUAUUUAUUAAUACAUUUCCUUUACAUUAUUAACCAUCACACAGGCUGUUUCCUGGUGAGCCGCUUGGUCUUUUGGGACCGAUGGAACAAGACUUUGUGAGGCAUUUGAUUGAAUUUCGCAGCAGUUUCCUGCUUUUUUUCUGUUGUUUGAUAACAUUCCUAAUCAGAAUUUUGAGCUUGUUUGUAAUAAACUGGUAAACGUAUGCACACAAACUGUAGCUUUUUGAAGACACUUUGAGUUUAUUUCUUAAUUACUAAAACUGUUUUUGUUAUGUAUUGUGCUCUUAUUUUGAAAUUGAUUUGUGCUAUGGUCAUGUUGCAUUCCAUUUGAGCUGCAUUCCAAGGCUUGUAUGUACAUUUGAAUAAGUCUGGCCUGUUUGUUAUUCAUGCAAUAAAACAAUGUGCACAUGA